ACCCCGCCUCCCUCCAGGCGCCCCUGGUCGUGGGAGGUGGUGGAGCGGGAGUCCGAGGGCCGGGGGAUGGUGUCCUUCGAGGACGUGUCUGUGGACUUCACCUGGGAGGAGUGGCAGGACCUGGAUGAUGCUCAGAGGACCCUCUACAGGGACGUGAUGCUGGAGACCUACAGCAGCCUGGUGUCGUUGGGGCUUUUCAUGACCAGACCUGAGGUGAUUUUCAAGUUGGAACAAGGAACAGAGCCAUGGCUGGUCAGAGAAGUCCCGGACCAGUGUCUUUCAGAUGUGCUGGUAGUUGAUGAUGUCGUUGAGAACAGCCAAGAAAAUCGUGGUGGACACUUGUGGCAGGGUGUCCUCCACAGCAGCACGUCAGCUAGGGAGAGACUUGAAUCAGGAAGGCCGUCUCACUCGAGCUCAAACUCUGUCUCAAAGCGGGUGGUGGAUCAUGGGAGCUCCUGGGUAAGGAGACCUCAGGAGCUGGGAGUGUGCCCAGGCCUGCCUUUCCCUGGAGGGCCCGGUGCCCACGGAGAGCUGCUCAGCCAGCGCCACCAGGCUGGGCCGCCGCAUCUGGGAGGUGGGGGACGAGGGGGCGCCCUCAGCACAGAGGCAGCACUCCCGUCCCUCGAGAGGGAGCGUGGGCACGGCGCUGCGUCUGCCCCGGUCGGGAGGAAGAGCUUCGCCUGUGGUCUGUGCGGCAGGACCUACUCCAGAGCGUCCGCCCUCAGCAGCCAUCAGAAGACGCACUCGGGAGAGAAGCCCUACGAGUGCGGCCGGUGCGGCAAGGCCUUCUUCCUCAGGUCUGUCCUCAGAGACCACCAGAGGACACACAGUGGGGAGAGGCCCUACCCGUGCGCCGGCUGCGGCAAGGCCUUCUGCCACAGGUCUGCGCUCGUCACGCACCAGCGAAUCCACACUGGGGAGAGGCCCUACGAGUGCUGCGAGUGCGGGAAGGCCUUCCGCAGGAAGUCGGCGCUGGUCAUCCAUCGCAGGAUCCACACGGGGGAGAAGCCCUACGAGUGCCCGGUGUGCCGGAGAGCCUUCUGCCAGAAGUCGGUGCUCAGCCUGCACCAGAGGACUCACUCGGAAGAGAGGCCCCACGCCUGUGCCCAGUGCGGGAAGGCCUUCUGCCGAAGGUCGGCUCUGGCCGUCCACCAGAGGACCCACACGGGAGAGAAGCCCUACCGGUGUCUGCAGUGCGGGAAGGCCUUCUGUCAGAAGGCAGGCCUCACUCUGCACCAGAGGACCCACACGGAGCAGAGGCCCCACGCCUGUGACCAGUGCGGGAAGGCCUUCUUCCUCCAGUCGGGGCUCGCCAUGCACCGCAGGACGCACACGGGGGAGAAGCCCUUCGGAUGCAGCGAGUGUGGGAAGGCCUUCUCCCAGAAGACGCACCUCCGGAGGCACCAGAGCAUGCACAGUGGGGAGAAGCCCCACGCGUGCGCCCAGUGUGGGAAAGCCUACUUCCACAAGCUGGAUCUCACCAAACACCUGCGGAUUCACACCGGGGAGAAGCCCCACGCGUGUGCCCAGUGUGGGAAGGCUUUCCGCAUGAAGUCCUACCUCCACGUGCACCAGAGAACACACACGGGGGAGAGGCCCUACGAGUGUGCGAGGUGUGGGAAAGCCUUCCGUCGCAAGUCGCACCUGAGCAGCCACCAGAAAACUCACCCGGCUGCUGCUCGGCAGGGCGCAGCCUGGCUCUGUGUGCUGCCGAAAGCCCCUUCUGCUCCCUAGGGCUCACCGUGGCUCCCUGUGGGAGGAGCCUGCAGCUGCUUCCAGGUCAGAUGACACGCGUGUCCCCGUGGCUGUGCCUCGGUGCUUGAGUCCCGAGACACCAGGGUGGCCCUAGGAGCUCUCGUCAGAGAAGGU